AAAAAUAAAUUGAAUAAUUUAGCAAAUGGAAAAUCCGAGAGUUUUAUUCGAUAAUUUAAAAUAAAAGUUCUCAAAGUAACGAAGUUGGAAUCUAUGCGAGUUAACUGGAAUUCCAGUUUUUGAUACACUUGGCGAGAGGGCAUUAUGAAUUUGUAGUUGAGUUUGGAACGAAUUGAUCGACAGCAGAGAUACCUACUAUAUGUGCUAUUGGUAGACGACAGAUUUAUAGAAGUAAUUAUAGACAUCAGUCGCGUCUACAGCAAUGUUUAAUAGUCAUUAAUUUCACGACUAUUCAGAAUAACAGAAAUUGUUUUAGGCAAUGCAUACAGAAGUGCGAGGGUAUGAACUAUUCGAGACUCUUUCCCUAUAAGAGAUCAACAAUGAGAGAAACCUGGAGAGUUGACUGGCCUUGCUUGACUUUAACUUAUUAUGAUGAUCUGGUAAUCGACGAGUAGAGUAUUCGCAUAUGCGCAGCUGUUCUUUAUUCAUUUGGAAUUCCAAUUUGUCAGCGGUGUGUGUGCGCGGAUUCCAUAAAUAAAAGAAUUUCUGGUGGCGCACGUUAUGUCCGCUCCUCAAUUAACAUAAAUUUGAACGAAAGCUCGCCAGAUCGUUGGGCUGGCAGCCGAGUCUAGCCACUAAUUUGAUUAGAUUAGGCAAACCUGAUUAUCUGCUGGGCUGCAUUGCAAAAUGAGGAGCUGCCUUCUUUCAGCUGCUGGGGCUGCUGCUGCUGCUGUUGCUUUGUAGCUAAAUGGACGCGUCUGCUUGUUGGCUAAAGGUGUGUUUGUUUAUUUGAACGCGCAAAAUGCAAAAGUCACAACGUGAGCAAUGCUGGACGCUGCUGCUGCUGGGCGCGCUGAUAAUCUCGUUUGGAGUAAUGUUUAGUUAUUGGUAUCUGGUGCCGCAUCAGCUACCCAUCUGGCAGUUAUUCGGACACAACGAGAGUUCAGACGGGGAGCCGGCAACAGCGGAGUUGAAGUUCUUUAUGCCGCCACAGCUAAUACCCAAGGAGCUGAAGCUGAAGCGUGGUGCGCCCUAUGUAUAUCAGAUAUUUCCAUAGAUAUUUCAGACAUACAUACAUUUACAUACAUAUAUAGUUUGUAUUCUUAAACUAUGUUAACAAUAAAUUACAAGUAUCAUUUAUUUUAGAGUAA